CAAAAGCCCUUAAAAAUGUCAGAAGAAUCCCCGAAAGUGGAAAUGUUACGAUCCGUUAAGGGUAAGGAUAUGUUGUUGGUGGGAGAUUAUCUUUAUCAUUAUGAUGAUCGCACCAGCAAAGCCUACAGAUGGGUGUGCAGUCGCCGUAAAGACAAAACACCUUGUCGAGUGCGUAUGUAUACAAGUUUAAUAGAUGAAUGGGAUUUGACGCGCCAUAAAGUGGAAAACAUUGUGGGAGAACAUCCUCAUGGUCCGGCUGAACAGGAUGCCAUUAUAAGGGCUCGAGAAAAGAAACGUCAGGCCGAUGCUGAAGGUUUGCCCUGUACAUUGAGCAACAAGUCACUUAAAAGGCGUUAUCAAAAACAGGAGCUAGUGAAGAAACUUAAUGCAAAAAAACAAAAAAUGGGUUUUGAUAGUGAGGGGGAUGAUGAAAAUAAUACCAGUAAAGAGAAACUGGACACUAGUGAUGAUGAGCUGGGUGAUUUGGUUGAAAGUUUGGGUAUAACCACAGCCAAAAAGCCCAAAGAGAAAAAGCUAUUAAUGCUUAAGACCACCAAGGGUCAUCAUAUGGUCGCUGUAGAGGGCUGUGUCUAUAGAUUAGAUGGCAAAUCCAUGAUAAGCACAACUUAUCGUUGGAAAUGUUUUAGAUCCAAGGAUUUGCAAUGUUCAGGCAAAAUCUAUACCGAGUGUUUAGCAAAUGGGCAACAUCGUUUUAAGCCUAUACGUUUAGAGGAAAAUACCCAUAAUCACCAGCCCUAUAGUGAAGUCAAAAUAGAGGCUUUGAUUAGAAGAAACAAUAUUAAAGUGCUGCAGGGUAAUGAGGAGAAAUCCUCUUUUAAAGUAUUCGAUAGCUUGACACCCAGUCCGGAUAAAAAGCCCAAAGUGGAAAAAAAAAUUAAACCAACAACUAUACCCUUGUCAGUAUCAAAAGGUGGUGGUAAUGUUUUAUCUAUAUCCUCUGGUUUUGAUGUGAGUCCUCGUCCCGACAUACGGCGCAUAAGAGCCGAAGCCACUUCUAAAUUGUAUCGCCAAGUGGAAGAUGUCAUGGAUGCUUUGGAUAAUCCCAAAGAUGGGGAAAUAACCAAGUUUACCUUUUUGCCUUCGUUAAAAGGAAAUCGUAUACUUAUUAUGGAUAACAUGAUAUUUCACUAUGACUCCAGAGGCUCUCAAAAUGAUCGGGCCUAUUGGACAUGUUUGUUUCGCCGUGAUAAGGUGCACAAAUGUAAUUCACGUUUAACCACAGAGGGUAUGGGCAAAGACAUUAAAAUUAUGAAAGUCUCGGGUGAACACAAGCAUACGAUUAAUCAUCGAGAGCAUAUACUAAAGCGUUUAAAUCAAAAUCUAAAAGUAAAAGACAAAUCACUACAAAGCCACAAAAUGGAAAUGUUUUCUUCCGAAAGUGAGGACGAUGAUGAUGACGAUAAUAAUGAUCAUACAGGGGGUUUUGAUAAUACCAAUAAUACAGCGUUUUCACGUGAAAACUCGCCUGAUAUUAAUGACUUUUUGCAAAUGAAACAACCAAAAGCUGAGCGAGAACUGGAGACAACACAUAUUAUAUUGGAGAGCACUUUAGAUGAAAAUGCUCAUGCCUCACUGGUGAAUUAUAAAAGUGAAAUUGAAGAGGAUCCUUUUCAUGAAACACUGCCGGUUAUUGAGUAUAUAGAAAUGGAAAGGUUGAAUACAUCAACCACUUAUCGUUCAGAUUCUGAAACAGAGGUAGAAUAUAAACCCAAAGCCACACGUACGCGUGGACGCAAAACCGAUGAUGAUGAAGACUACAAGCCUAGCGCUAAGUGGCGUAAGACACAGUCCCUAUUGAAAAAAUAUACUGGCAAUACACCGGUGGCCUCCUAUAAUCCCGACAAUAUUGAUAUAACAAAAACCACAAAAUUACGCUCGGCCAAAGGUGGUGAACUACUAUGUGUCGAUGGUUAUAUUUAUCAUUUGAAAAGUAUUUCACCUACAACACGCACCUAUUGGGCCUGCAUUAAGUCCAAGGAUCGUAUACUUAAGUGUCCGGCUCGUGUUACUACUGUCUCGAAUUCCGACAAUCAAUUGACUGUUGUUCAUCUGAGUAAUUCGCAUACGCAUCCGAUAUCGGAGAAUGAUAUAAAGAAACGUUUAUUUAAUGAAUUUUCCAAAUCGGCAGUUAAUGCAGAUAUUAAAACUAAAGAUAUUAUGGGAAAAUCAUUAAGUGAAUUAAAUCCAGAAUUUGCUCAUUUACUGGGCACUAGUAAAUCGGUGAAACGUGAAAAAUUCAAAUUCAAUAUGAAAUUGUAUUCGGUAUCUGAUGGCCCACCAUCUUUGGCUGUACGUAUGUGCCUUAAGGCUUUGGACAUUCCCUUUGAAUUGCAUAAUGUGGACUAUGUAGCCUCUGAGCAUUUAACUGAGGAUUAUGCCAAGAUUAAUCCUCAAAAAGAAAUACCCGUAUUGGAUGAUGAUGGUUUCUAUCUCUCGGAAAGUGUUGCCAUAAUGCAAUACUUAUGCGAUAAAUAUGGUGACAAUACACCAUUAUAUCCCAAAGCAGCAAGAGAACGUGCCUUGGUUAAUCAUCGUUUAUGCUUUAAUAUGGGUUUCUAUUAUUCCAGCAUUGCAGCCUAUAGCAUGGCUCCCAUUUUCUUUGAUUAUGAACGUACUGAAUUGGGCUUGAAAAAGGUUAACAAUGCAUUGGCGGUGUUUGAGACCUAUUUGGAACGUUUGGGCACUAAAUAUGCUGCUGGCAAUCAUUUGACAAUUGCUGAUUUUGCUCUUGUCUCAGCUACUUUAUGUUUGGAAGCUAUUUCAUUUGAUUUCUCCGGUUAUCCUCUAGUCACUAAAUGGUAUAAUACAUUUAAAACUGAAUACCCCGAGAUAUGGUCAAUUGCAAAUGGUGGGAUGCAAGAAAUCAAAGAAUUUGAACAUAAUCGUCCAGAUUUAUCGCAUAUGAAUCAUCCUUUCCAUCCCAUACGUAAAAAUGUGGCAUAAGUUGUUGGAGAAGGCAGAACAAUUAAAUUGUUGCAAAAAAAUUCGAUUUUUUUUGCUAUAUUUUAUUUUUAGUUUUUAAGGACAGAAACGUAAUGGAUUUUGUCAAGAUUUAAUUUUGUUUCAUUAAUAUUUAAUAUGUUAAAUGUUUUAAACACUUUUACAAGCAAAAUAGCUUAAAAAUAUGCAUACAAAAUAUAUAAUAAAGUAUAUACACUAAUAUGUUUCAAAGA